GGGAGCGAGCGAGCGAGCGAGCGAGCGAGCGAGCAAGCGACGCGGGCCGCCCCUGCCGCCGCCGCCGCCGCCGCGGUCGGACCAGCGGCCUCCUCCCCUCCCCUCCCUCCCGUCGCCCUGCCGCGGGGAGGGGGCUCGCGUCGCCGUCUCUAGCCGCUCCCGAUGAAGCAGCUGCCGCCGCAGCCGCCUCCGAAGAUGGGGGAUUUCUACGACCCCGAGCACCCGACUCCUGAGCUUUCUUGGCUGGAUGACAAUAGAGAAGAAGAAAAUGAGGCAAAGAUUGAAAAUGUGCAGAAAGCAGGUUUCAUCAAAGGACCAAUGUUUAAAGGUGUUGCUUCUAGUCGGUUUUUGCCCAAAGGCACCAAGACAAAAGUUAAUUUGGAGGAACAGGGACGACAGAAGGUGUCAUUCAGCUUCAGCCUUACAAAGAAAACUUUGCAGAACAGGUUUCUGACGGCACUUGGCAGUGAAAAGCAAAAUGAUACUCCAAAUUCCCCAGUUGUACCUCUUCAAGUAGACUCGACCCCUAAAAUUAAAAUGGACAUUGGAGAUACAUUAUCUACUACAGAAGAAUCUUCCCCACCAAAAUCAAGGGUAGAAUUGGGCAAAAUCCAUUUUAAGAAACAUCUGCUUCAUGUAACAUCCAGGCCACUGCUGACUUCUACCACAGCAGUGGCAUCUCCAUCUCCUCCCAUAGUACCAUUACCAGCAGUCAUAGCAGAAUCAACAACUGUAGACUCGCCACCCUCAUCUCCGCCUCCACCACCUCCACCUCCCCAAGCCACAACACCCUCAUUACCAGCACCAGUAACAGAGCCAGUGGCCUUGCCACACACACCAGUGACAGUUCUGAUGACAGCACCAGUAGAUGUAGCUGCUAGAGCAUUGAAGGAACCACCAGUUACAAUUGUACCAGAAUCAUCAGAAGUGGACACUAAGCAGGACCCUGUAUCUAAUAGUUCAGAAGAACACAUAACUCACAAUUUGAAUGAGAAAGCAGAUAUUCCUUCACAAAAAGAAGAUUCCCAUAUUGGGAAGGAAGAAGAAAUUCCAGAUAGUUCUAAGAGUAGUCUGGGCUCUAAGAAAACAGGUUCUAAGAAGAAAUCCUCACAAUCUGAAGGCACCUUUCUUGGUUCAGAAUCUGAUGAAGAUUCUGUACGGACUUCCUCAAGUCAAAGAUCACAUGAUUUAAAAUUUUCAGCCAACGUUGAAAAAGAAAGAGAUUCAAAAAAGAGCUUAGCAACUUUAAAAAGUGAGGAUUUAGGGAAAUCUUCACGAUCUAAAACAGAGAGAGAUGAUAAAUAUUUUAGCUACUCAAAACUUGAAAGAGAUACUCGUUAUAUAUCUUCUCGCUGUAGAUCAGAGAGAGAGCGAAGGCGGAGCAGGUCUCGUUCUAGAUCUGACAGAGGUUCUAGAACUAGUUCAUCCUAUUCUCGGUCAGAACGAUCCCAUUAUUAUGACUCUGAUCGUCGCUACCAUAGGAGUUCCCCUUAUAGAGAGAGGGCACGCUAUUCUCGGCCAUAUACAGAUAACAGGGCAAGAGAAAGUUCUGAUUCAGAAGAUGAGUAUAAGAAGACAUACUCAAGGCGCACCUCAUCUCAUUCUUCCUCUUACAAAGACCUAAGGACAUCAUCCUCCUAUUCUAAAUCUGAUCGAGAUUGUAAAAUUGAGUCCUCUUACUUAGAGAUGGAGAAGAGAGGAAAGUAUUCUUCAAAAUUAGAAAGAGAAUCCAAAAGGACUUCAGAAAAUGAAGCAAUGAAAAGAUGUUGUUCUCCCACUAAUGAACUGGGAUUCCGACGGGGGUCAUCAUAUUCCAAGCAUGGUAACAGUGCUUCCCGUUAUAAAUCUGCCCCUUCAAAACCUGCACCCAAGUCUGAUAAAUUUAAAAAUUCUUUCUGUUGUACAGAAUUGAAUGAGGAAAUCAAACAGUCUCAUUCUUUUAGCUUACAGACUCCUUGUUCAAAAGGUAGUGAAUUAAGAACGAUUAAUAAAGUUCCUGAAAGAGAGAAGAUUGGGUCUCCAUCUCCAUUAAAUCGAUUAAAUGAUUCACCUACUUUUAAAAAGCUAGAUGAAUCACCUGUUUUUAAGUCUGAAUUUAUAGGACAUGAUAGCCAUGAUAGUAUUAAGGAAUUAGACUCUUUAUGUAAAGUGAAGAAUGAUCAAUUAAGAAGUUAUUGUCCCACAGAAUUUAAUAUAAACGGAUCACCUGGGGCAGAAUCUGAUUUGGCAACAUUUUGCACUUCUAAACGUGACACUGUUUUGAUGUCUUCUGAUGAUAGUGUGACUGGAUCAGAGGUAUCCCCUUUGGUCAAAACGUGCAUGCUUUCAUCAAAUGGAUUUCAAAAUAUUAAUAGAUGUAAAGAAAAAGACUUGGAUGAUACUCGCAUGCAGCAUAGUAGGUCAGAAAGCCCAUUUAGAGAAACAGAACCUCCAGUGUCGCCACACCAGGAUCAACUCAUAUCUUUGCCAGUUAUGACUAUAGAUUAUUCCAAAACAAUAGUUAAAGAGCCAGUUGAUGUGAGAGUUUCUUGCUGUAAAACCAAAGAUUCAGAUAUAUACUGUACUUCAAACAACAACUGCCCUUCUUUGUGUCAUUCCGGAGCUGAAAAUACUGAGCCUUUAGUAACGAAGAUUUCUUCAAAUAGCUUUAUGAAUGUGCAUUUGAAAUCAAAAACAGUUAUAUGUGAUAAUGGAAGUCUGACAGAUCAGCACUCAAAAUUUGCAUGUGGAGAAUAUAAGCAGAGUGUUGGUAGUACUAGUUCAGCUUCUGUUAAUCAUUUUGAUGAUUUAUAUCAACCUACAGGGAGCUCAUGUAUUGCUUCAUCUCUUCAGAGUCUUCCACCAGGAAUAAAAGUAGACAGUUUAACUCUCUUGCAAUGUGGAGAGAAUACAUCUCCAGUUUUGGAUGCUGUGCUGAAGAGUAAAAGCUCAGAGUUUUUAAAGCAUGCAGAGAAAGAAAUAAUAGAAGUAGGUAGUGGCCUUCCUGAUUCAGGAAGAGGAUUUGCUUCCUGGGAAAAUAGGCAUAAUAAUGGACUAUCUGGGAAAUGUGUGCAAGAGGCUCAAGAAGAAGGGAAUUCCAUACUGCCUGAUAGAAGAGGAAGACCAGAAAUCUCUUUAGAUGAAGAAGGUGGAAGAGGACAUGCACAUACUUCUGAUGAUUCAGAAGUUGUAUUUUCUUCUUGUGAUUUGAAUUUAAUCAUGGAGGACAGUGAUGGUGUAACAUAUACCUUAAAAUGUGACAGUAGUGGUCAUGCCUCAGAGAUUGUAUCUACUGUCCAUGAAGAUUAUUCUGGUUCUUCUGCAAGUUCAAGUGAUGAAAGUGAUUCAGAAGAUACAGAUUCUGAUGAUAGCAGUAUUCCAAGAAACCGUCUUCAGUCUGUUGUGGUUGUGCCAAAGAAUUCUACUUUGCCCAUGGAAGAAACAAGUCCUUGUUCUUCUCGGAGCAGUCAGAGUUACAGACACUAUUCUGACCACUGGGAAGAUGAGCGAUUGGAGCUAAGGAGGCAUUCAUAUGAGGAAAAAUUUGAGAGUAUAGCAAGUAAAGCCUGUCCUCAAACUGAGAAGUUCUUCUUUCAUAAAACAACAGAGAAGAAUUCAGAAAUUUCUUUUAUACAGCCCAGUCGAAAACAGAUAGAUAAUCACCUGUCUGAAAUUGCUCAUCCUCAGAGUGAUGGGGUUGAUAGUACAAGUCAUACAGACAUAAAAUCUGACCCUCUAGGUCAUCCAAAUUCUGAGGAAGCAGUGAAAGCCAAAAUAACUUCUAGGCAGCAAGAAGAGCUGCCAAUUUAUUCUUCUGAUGAUUUUGAAGAUGUCUCAAGUAAGUCUCGGCAACAGACCACUUUCCCUAACAGGCCAGAUAGUAGACUGGGAAAAACAGAGUCAAAUUUUUCUUCUUGUGAGAUCUCCCGAGUGGAUGGUUUCCGUUCAUCAGAAGAGCUCAGAAAUCUAGGGUGGGACUUCUCUCAACAAGAAAAGCCUACUACCACAUAUCAGCAACCUGACAGCAGCUAUGGAGCCUGUGGUGGACACAAGUAUCAGCAAAGUGCAGAACAGUAUAGUGGGACACGUAAUUACUGGCAAGGCAAUGGCUACUGGGAUCCAAGAUCAGCAGGUAGACCACCUGGAACUGGGGUUGCGUAUGAUCGAAUUCAAGGUCAGGUACCAGAUUCCUUAACAGAUGACCGUGAAGAGGAGGAGAAUUGGGAUCAACGUGGAGGAUCUCACUUUUCAAGCCAGUCCAAUAAAUUUUUUCUGGCCCUUCAGAAGGACAAGGGGUCAGUGCAAGCACCUGAAAUAAGCAGCAAUUCCAUUAAGGACUCUUUAGCUGUGAAUGAGAAGAAAGAUCUUUCGAAAAACUUAGAAAAAAAUGAUAUGAAAGAUAGAGGGCCUCUUAAAAAAAGGAGACAGGAAUUGGAGAGUGAUUCUGAAAGUGAUGGUGAGCUUCAGGACAGAAAGAAAGUUAGAGUGGAGGUAGAGCAGGGAGAGACAGCAGUGCCUCUAGGCUCAGCAUUGGUUGGGCCUUCGUGUGUCAUGGAAGACUUCAGGGACCCACAGCGGUGGAAGGAAUGUGCCAAACAAGGGAAGAUGCCUUGUUACUUUGAUCUGAUUGAAGAAAAUGUUUAUUUAACAGAAAGAAAGAAGAAUAAAUCCCAUCGGGAUAUUAAGCGAAUGCAGUGUGAGUGUACACCUCUUUCUAAAGAUGAAAGAGCUCAAGGUGAAAUAGCAUGUGGGGAAGAUUGUCUUAAUCGUCUCCUCAUGAUUGAAUGUUCUUCUCGGUGUCCAAAUGGGGAUUAUUGUUCCAAUAGACGGUUUCAAAGAAAACAGCAUGCAGAUGUGGAAGUCAUACUCACAGAAAAGAAAGGCUGGGGCUUGAGAGCUGCUAAAGACCUUCCUUCGAACACCUUUGUCCUGGAAUAUUGUGGAGAGGUACUUGAUCAUAAAGAGUUUAAAGCCCGGGUAAAGGAGUAUGCACGAAACAAAAACAUCCACUACUAUUUCAUGGCCCUGAAGAAUGAUGAGAUAAUAGAUGCCACUCAGAAAGGAAAUUGCUCCCGGUUCAUGAAUCACAGCUGUGAACCAAACUGUGAGACUCAAAAAUGGACUGUGAACGGACAACUGAGAGUUGGGUUUUUUACCACCAAACUGGUUCCUUCAGGCUCAGAGUUAACAUUUGACUAUCAGUUCCAAAGAUACGGGAAAGAAGCGCAGAAGUGUUUCUGUGGGUCGGCUAAUUGCCGGGGUUACCUGGGAGGAGAGAACAGAGUCAGCAUCAGAGCAGCAGGAGGGAAAAUGAAGAAAGAACGGUCUCGGAAGAAGGAUUCGGUGGAUGGAGAGCUAGAAGCUCUGAUGGAGAAUGGUGAGGGUCUCUCUGAUAAAAACCAGGUGCUCAGCUUAUCCCGGCUAAUGGUUAGAAUUGAAACUUUGGAACAGAAACUUACCUGUCUCAAGCUCAUCCAGAAUACACAUUCACAGUCUUGCCUGAAGUCCUUUCUGGAACGUCAUGGGCUGUCUUUGUUGUGGAUCUGGAUGGCAGAACUAGGUGAUGGCCGGGAAAGUAACCGGAAGCUUCAGGAAGAGAUUAUAAAGACUUUGGAACAUUUACCCAUUCCUACUAAAAAUAUGUUGGAGGAAAGCAAAGUACUUCCUAUUAUUCAACGUUGGUCUCAAACCAAGACUGCUGUCCCUCAGCUGAGUGAAGGAGAUGGGUAUUCUAGCGAGAAUACAUCACGUGCUCACACACCGCUCAACACACCUGAUCCUUCCACCAAACUGAGCAUAGAAGCUGAUACAGACACCCCCAAGAAGCUAAUGUUUCGCAGACUUAAAAUUAUAAGUGAAAAUAGCAUGGACAGUGCAAUCUCUGAUGCUACCAGCGAGCUAGAAGGCAAGGAUGGCAAAGAGGACCUUGACCAGUUAGAAAACGUCCCUGUAGAAGAAGAGGAAGAGUUACAGUCACAACAGCUACUCACACAACAGCUGUCUGAAUCUAAAGUUGAUAGUGAAAUUGCUGUGGAGGCCAUUAAGCUACCCACAUCUGAACCAGAGGCUGACACUGAAAUAGAGCCUAAAGAGAGCAAUGGCACAAAACUAGAUGAACCUAUUGCUGAGGAAACACCAUCCCAAGAUGAAGAGGAGGGUGUAUCUGAUGUGGAGAGUGAGAGGAGCCAGGAACAGCCAGAUAAAACAGUAGAUAUAAGUGAUUUGGCCACCAAGCUCCUGGACAGUUGGAAAGACCUAAAGCUUCUCAGGGCAGCAAGGAGCUUGUUAACAUCACCAGCUGACCAUGUGUCUCCUUUUCUCAACUCCAUUUUCAACUUCGUGCUGAAGAAAAACAAGAACCUAGCGUGCAUUCUGUGAAGAAAACAGGAAGAUGGUUGGGAAGUUGGAUGAUGCAUGAAAAAUAUAAUAGGUGAAAAGAGGACAGAGGUGGUUAACUCACUGGCACCGGCGUUAUUUUGGUGCGUCCAUUGCCGACAAUGGAUGUCGUUCUGGGAAAAUCCCGACUCCUGGCGAGAAAGGAUUAAGUGAGCUACUUUUUCUAUACCUCUAUACACAGGACCACUGCCUUGGUUCCACAAGGCUUACACAUUUUUUACUCCUAAAGUAGACCUCAACAAGAAACAUCACUUAGCACAUUGCUACACAUGAGCAUGUAUUCAUUUUCACAUGCAAAUUAACUAGGCUACAUUUUCAGCAGGGACAUGUGCGUAUAUUUCUGUUUGUAAAAGGAAUUACUGUACAUCACCCCUCUUGCUGAAAAUAUACCCGACACUUCACAGGGCAAAACAGCUGCUUAUAAGUGAUGAUUAAUUAUAAACUUGACUGGAAAAUCUUCAUUUGGAUCAUGAGAAGAAGAGGUAAGGUUCCCAUGAAUUUGGCAGUUUCAGUUGCAAUUAAACAGCUGAGAGAUUGUGAUGGCUAGUGAUUCCAGAGCCUCUCUUAUAAACACUUAGGUUACAGGAUGUGUGUCUCCUUAUAGUGAAGUCUGAGUAGUUACAGUUACACCUGGAUUAGAUGAUUUAGGGACAUUUUGUACAUGUGAUAAGUUGGACUUUUCUUAAGAACCAUCCUUAUUAUCUUUUUCAUCUUUAUCUCGAGACAUUAUCUUUAAUUAAGCAUAUUAUUUUCCUAGAAAGUUAAGCAUUGAACUCUCUACAGAAGUUUUAAAUAAUUCAGAGAGUUACCCAACUGAAAAGUUUUGAGUCUGGGGAACUCCCUGGUGGUCCAGUGGUUAGGACUCUGUGCUUCCACUGCUGGGGGCCUGGGUUCAAUCCCUGGUCGGGGCACUAAGAUCCCAAAAGCCACGUGGUCAAAAAAAAAUAAAAACAAGUUUUGAGUCACUGCUUGAAAUUUUGGUUCCUAAGUAAUAUGUGAAAUCUGCUAUGCAACAUUUCAAAAUGAAAUGAUGUGCCCUGAAUUUCUGUAAUAAAUUUCAAAAUCCUUAGUAGACAUUAUUCUGUAUCCAAAAGGAUCAGUAUUACUUAUCCUUUUGUGUAAAAUACAGAAUUGCCCCCAAAGAGCACUAUUUUAGGUACCACUACAUUGAAUUUUUGUAAUAAGAAUCUCAUUUGAUAAAAGGCAAACAUGGUCUAAAACUUAUUAGUAGCCUGGUUUCUUUAUUAUCAGAUAAUACUUUCAUCUAAAUUAUGGGGUGGCCUAAUCUGCCCCGCUGCCUUUUUUCAUAAAUGAAGUUUUGGGGGGAGCCCAGCCAAGUUCGUUCAUUUACAUACGUCUGUGGCUGCUUUUGCACUGCACUGGUAGAGUUGAGUAGUUGCAUCAGACUGGAUGGCCAACAAAGCCUAAAAUACUUACUGCUUUGUCCUUUACAGAAAAAGUUUGCCAACACCUAAUCUAAAUGAUAAAGUACAGAAUCUGGCUGCUCUAAACAUUCUGAUUUUGAAUGAAGUCAUUGUGACACUUUAUUCUUUUGGGUGAGCUCUUAAUUCUGUUUCCCUAAAGACAUAAUGACCAUGUUUCCAUACCUCAUGAAGUUACUGUUCUUAAAAAAAAAGUCUUGACUCUGUUUAGGAAAAGUUACUUUAAGUGAUUUGGAUAUAGGACUAUCUGAGAAGUGGGAGAGUAUAUACAUUAUAGAAUUACUGGGCUAGAAGACACCUGUAAGGAAUGUCGUUCUUCCCUCAGGACCAUGAUCAAGUUAGUCGGAAACUUAAGAGACUUUUCGAGUACAGAUAAGUUGGUAUAAUCUAGUUUUAUAUAUAACCAUAAUGAAAAUAUAUAAAUUUUCCUUCUUAAUGUUCUUAACUUUUGAUUUUGAUGUAAUUUCAGACUUACAGGAAAACUGCAAGAAUACUGUUCUUUAUGUAUUCUUCAUGUAAUACACAUCCAGUGACAGAUGUAUGUUAAAAACAUUAAAAAUUCCUCUAAACCCUUCAUCGAGAUUCCCCAGUGUUAACAUUUUACCAAAUUUACCUUAACAUUUUCUCUUAAUUUCUUUUUAACUUUUAAAGAAUAAGUUACAGAUAUCAUGCCCACUGCGCCUAGAUAUUUUUAGUGUGUAUUUCCUAAAAACAAGGACAUUCUUCUUUAUGACUUCAGUGUACUUAUCAAAAUCAGCAAAUUACAGUGACACAAUACUAUUAAUCUGUUAAACAGACCUCAUUCAGAUUUUGCCAGUUGUGCACAUAAUGUCCUCUAUAGAAAAAAGAAAAUUUCUGAUCCAGAAUCUAACCUGAGAUCAAGCAUUAUUUACAUUGAGUUGUAUCUCUUUAGUAUCCUUUAAUCUGCAAUAGUUAGUUCCUCAGUCUUUGGCUUUUAUAAACUUCACAUUUUUGAAUAUUUUUAAAUUUUUUAGAAUAUUCCUCAAUUUGGGUUUGUCUGAAGUUCUGUUUGGAAUGUUUGUUUAUCCCAUUACUGGCAUUGUCAACUUCAGUCACUUGGUUGAGUUGGUGUCUGCCAGGUUUCUCCAAUGUAAACUCACUAUUUUCCCCUUUAUAAUUAAAGAGUAUAAUAUAGGAGCACCUUUGGAAAUAAUAAAUACUCUUUUGUGUAAUUUAUCC